AUGGCGGACGAGAAUGAAAAGUAUCUCAUGGAGCUCCUGAAGAAGCCAGGAAACGACGUGUGUGCCGAUUGCGAAGCCAAGUCACCAGAAUGGGCAUCGUACAACAUCGGGGUAUUUGUGUGCACCCGAUGCGCGGGUGUGCAUCGCUCCAUGGGGGCACACAUAUCAAAAGUAAAGCAUCUCAGGCUCGACAGAUGGGAAGACUCGCAAGUGGAAAGAAUGCGUGAGGUGGGUAACACCGUGGCGAAAUUGCGAUACGAGGACAGAGUACCUGCCUGUUACAUAAGACCCGGUCCUGAUUCGCCUCAAGUACUGAUAGAGCAGUGGAUCAAAGCAAAGUACGAAACACAAGAGUUCUAUUAUCCUGAGAGACAGAAUCCUUACAUGAAUGGAUUUAUGGAAGGGUUUUUGAUGAAAAGGGGAAAGGAAGAUGCCAGGUAUCAGCCCAGAAAGUUUGUACUUAAAGAGUCGGAAAACACCUUGAAGUAUUACGUUAAAGAAAAUAAGGAACCAAAAGCAGUAUUGCAGUUAUCAGAAUUGAACGUAUCGUUUGUCCCUAACAAGACUGGAAAUCAAAAUAGCCUUCAAAUCUCAUUUCUAAAGGAUGGAACAACGCGUCACAUUUAUGUUUAUCAUGAAGAUCCUAAAAUAAUAAUCAACUGGUAUUUUGCUAUUAGAUGUGCACAGUUGCAUCUACUGCAGCUAGCAUAUCCUGGCGCAUCUGAUGAUGAGUUGAUUGGUCAACUUACCAAGGAUUUCCUUAAAGAAGGAUAUUUGUGGAAAACAGGACCGAGACCUACUGAUGCUUACAAAAAGCGUUGGUUCACACUCGAUAACCGCAAAUUAAUGUAUCACGAUGAUCCUAUGGAUGCCUAUCCAAAAGGAGAAAUAUUCAUAGGACAUUGUUCAGAGGGUUAUUCGGUAAAAAUGGGCGUUCCUGCAGGUGCUCGUGAUCAAGGGUGCUCUUUUACUCUUGAGACGCCAGACAGGACUUACCUUCUUUCGGCUCAAAAUGAAGAUGAUAGGAUGCAAUGGAUCGAUGUUCUUCAAAAAGUUCUUGAAAGACCGUUAACUAUUAAAGACGCUAAUAUUGCAGCUCGUCUUGUAAGAAAACGCAACGCCAACAGUACCAUGAACAUAUUCUCAGCGAGGUAGGGUAUAGUCUUACCAAAUGAUAAAAAAAAAAACCAGAGAGCCUUGUUUACUUUGAGAUUGCCUGAUGAUCUCAACAGCAAACAAUGCAUAAGCAAAUCAAUUGUUUAUGUAUCAAAGGAUUGAGAAAAAAUUAAGGUAUGUAUGCUCAAACCUCGUUUUGAAAAAGGCGCACAAAUUAUAUUGUUUGUGCAUGCGCGUUGUGUAUAUUCUCUUGCACUACUUAAUAAUUGUGUUUAAUGAGCAAUGCAAUAUUCAAUGCAAAAUGAAUUUUAGACAACUAAUACUUCAGUAUUUUAUAGCUCUUUUAAAAAAGUAAAGAAAUUGUUGAGAAUGUUUGAAAACGCAAUGAUCGAUUACAAAUUUGUAUAUUAGGCGAUUUAAAUUAAUUGAAGGGAUUGAGAUUUUCGUUUAGCUUAAAACUUUCUCUCUUGACGUGUUUUCUUGGUAAUUUUACAAGCAAUAACGAAACGUCGUUGUAGAGAUUAAUAAUUUUAUACUAAGAGCUGAACUUAUCCUAAUGAGGCUUGGCAGAUAAAAACUGACUAUUCACUACUUAGAACUGCUUUUUUAUUUUGACUAGAGUGUCGCUACUCUGUAAUUAUCUGUGAAAAAAAUAUGUGCUAUUGUAUUAAAAUAAAAUUAAUAAUAUAAAGAUUCUAACGAAAAACACGUAAGUCGGUCUUUUGACAAGUUAUUCUUAAAUAAAACUAUAAUGUAAGAAUAAACGGUGUACAUGGCAACUAUUUGACAAAGACUAACACGGGAAACACUAAAAAAAUAAAGUAAUAAAAAAAGAGCGACUGCAAAAUGAGUAAAAUAAUGUAUAACUGCAUGUGAUUCGUCGUGACUCUCAAGUCGGAUGUUUAGUGUCAAAGUGCGAAAUGAAAAGUCUAUAUAUUUCUAAUCCAAAGAAGUUAAAAGAAACUUAUAUUUUAAUUGACUGUAUAAGGAUUUUUUUAUACUCUCAAUGCGAAGUAACCCGAGUGCAAGGGCAAAUGAAAUUGUUGACUUGACUGAACUAUGUGAAUUAGUGAAAUUUUUAAUGUAGCAUAAGAUUGAAAAUUGUAUUUUUAACUAUGCAGUUUGAAAGGAAUAUGAUGAUCCUCUGAUUGCUGAUCUCUUGAUUAUAUACAUCACUUAUCGGUUUUAAUUUAUUUAUAUCACCAGCUGGACAAUUUUACUAUUAUAUAAUAAUAAGAAUAUUAAUAACACUUAAAAAUGUAAUGUACAUAAUACUAUGCAUCUUCAUUUAAUGUGAUUUUAUCGAUUCUCACGUUAUACAAGCAGUAUACACGCUUUAAUUUUUUUGUUUUUUAAAUGUAACUUUGAAUCGAAACACCUGUCAUUUGAAAUAUUGUGAAAAUUUCACAUCGCAUUUCAUUCUACUUAGAUGUUAAUACAUAAUUGUGUGAUUUUUGGUGAAUAAAGAUAUUUCAAUUCGA